GACCUUUCUCUUGGAGUUUACUAAACCAUAUCUCCUGGGCCUUUAAAUAUGACUCUCUCCAUCACCUCCCUCUCUAAUUCAAACAACAUUUUAGCUAUCAAGUCUUCUAUAACCAGAGAUCCUACACAAGCUGGGAAAGAAAUGGAUGGAGAGCAGCAGCUAAGCACAUGGGAAGGGUAUGUAGAUUGGAGGAACAGACCUGCUGUGAAAGGCCGUCAUGGUGGCAUGCUUGCUGCCUCCUUUGUCUUGGUUGUUGAGGUGUUGGAGAACUUGGCAUACCUGGCAAAUGCAAGCAACCUUGUGCUUUAUCUGUCAAAAUUCAUGCAUUUUUCACCAUCCAGUUCUGCCAACAUUGUUACCAACUUCAUGGGCACGGCCUUCCUCCUUGCUCUCCUUGGUGGCUUCUUGUCUGAUGCUUUCUUCUCAACUUAUCUCAUCUAUUUGAUAAGUGCUGCAAUAGAACUUGUGGGUUUGCUAAUACUUGCAAUCCAAGCUCACGUGCCUUCACUGAAACCACCGGCCUGUGAUUUGGGCAACAUCAGCAAUCCAUGCAGGGAAGCUGAUGGUGGGAAAGCAGGAAUGUUGUUUGCAGGCCUCUAUCUUGUAGCAUUAGGUGUUGGAGGAAUAAAAGGUUCACUUCCACCACAUGGGGCUGAGCAGUUUGAUGACAAUACCCCUAAGGGAAGGAAACAGAGAUCAACAUUUUUCAACUACUAUGUGUUCUCCCUCUCUUGUGGGGCUUUAAUUGCAGUAACUUUUGUGGUAUGGAUUGAAGACAACAAGGGCUGGCAAUGGGGUUUUGGUAUCUCCACUGCAUCAAUACUGAUCUCUAUCCCAAUAUUCCUCCUUGGCUCUGCCACUUACAGAACCAAAAUUCCCACAGGAAGCCCCAUCACAACCAUCGUCAAGGUUCUGGUUGCAGCAAUUUGCAAUGCCUACAAGCUCAGAAAUUGUAGCAAUUCUGUCAUGAGCAUGGCCACGAGCCCAUCAUAUACCACCGAAAUCGGCGGGAAAGAAGAAAGCUGUUCCAAAGAAAUGGUGCCUAGGCAAGCUCCAACAGAAAGCCUCAAGUUCCUUAAUAAUGCAGUGAUAGACAAGCCAUUCCAUUCAGCAUUAGAAUGCACAGUAAAGCAAGUUGAAGAAGUAAAGAUAGUGCUUAGGAUUCUACCCAUCUUUGCUUGUACCAUAAUGCUCAACUGCUGCCUUGCCCAACUGUCCACCUUUUCUGUCCAACAAGCAGCUACCAUGAACACCAAGCUCGGAACCUUGAAGGUCCCACCAGCUUCUCUCCCCAUCUUUCCUGUUCUCUUCAUCAUGAUCCUUGCACCAACCUACAACCAUAUCAUCAUCCCAUUCACCAGGAGAACAACUAAAACCGAAAUGGGGAUAACCCAUCUGCAGCGAAUUGGGACAGGGCUAAUUCUCUCCAUUGUGGCCAUGGUAGUGGCAGCCUUCGUGGAGAUAAAGCGAAAAAGGGUGGCAGCAGAAUCAGGACUAGUACAUUCCUCAGAACCUCUACCAAUCACGUUCCUUUGGGUGGCUCUGCAGUACUUGUUCCUGGGGUCUGCUGACCUUUUCACCUUGGCUGGACUGAUGGAAUUCUUCUUCACAGAGGCCCCUACAAGCAUGAGAUCUUUAGCGACCGCUCUUUCCUGGGCUUCACUGGCCAUGGGUUACUACCUCAGCUCUGUGCUUGUAUCAAUAGUCAACAGUGUCACCAGUGCCUACAGUCACCAUGCAUGGCUCUUCGGCAACAACUUGAAUCACUAUCGCCUUGAGAAGUUCUACUGGCUGAUGUGCGGACUAAGUGGAUUAAACUUUUUGCAUUAUCUUCUCUGGGCAAGUCGCUACAAGUACAGGACUGCAAGCCCAGAUAACUGACUAUAUCGUGUAGCUAAUUGAAUCUAGAUACUGGUCUCCAUUAUUAUAAUUCCCGGUUGGGAACAUGUUUCAUAUUCAAUCUUGACAUGUAUUAAUACGUAAGAAUGUGUUCAGACAAUUGGCAAUUUCUUUGGAUA